AUGGAUGGCUUAAACCAAUCGUCAGUGCCCGCAAUGCGGAAAGAUUCAAAGGUGGACGACUAUUAUGCGUACAUUGCAGGUUCAUUUAAAUCAGGUGUUGUUCCAACUUGUUCAGUACUGGUAUUCAUGCAGAGUUUGUGCGGUCUUCUCCGAGGGAAGCUCAGAUUCGAUUGGGUCACUAUGGGGGUAUUCAUAGGAGCCGAGGGAUCGAUCGUAUCUCCGUUGAGUGUUCUACGACUCGCAGUAGUCCCACAUGGAACAAAUGUCAGAACAAGUCAACAGGCCGUAACAAGAGAGCAAGUCCUGGAUCAUGGAUUCAUGAUUCUAGGGGGUUAUCGCAUUCACUGUGCCUCAAAUCAAACGUAUGUCAACCGGUUGCAGACUACCCUCAAAGAACAAUUGACAGCUCAGCUGUUUCAAGAUGGAGUCGAGAUGGCGAUCACGAAUUUUGCCACAGUGUACCAAAAUGCGGAGUUCGUUAAGCUUGUAUGUGCCAUAGAUAUGUUCUUUUCCAUGUUUCCUAAACACGAGGACUCCAAACUGCGAUUUGGUACAUUGAUGACUGCCUACCGGAACUGUACAGGAUUAUCCGCUAUCACUUCCGGGUGCGACCUAAUGCGGGAAACUACUCGAGUCUUCGCACGCUGGCUCAUGACGCCAACCUUGAGGAUGGACCUAACUCGCAUGCUUGUGUCGGGACAGGAGAUGGAGAUCCCAUAUUCAUAUAGCCCUUAUCUUUCUGGAUUUGGGAUUGUAGACAAAAGUCCUUACUCCGCCUCAAUCAAUGCGAGAUUUCAUAUUUUUACCCAUCUGAUUGGGUGUGCAAUCCCCCUAGUGCGAUCUGUUAACGCGAUCUUCCUUCCGCCUAUUGGUUUACACAGCAUAAUUGACAACGCCAUCUUGUACAUAUACGCCCACUCUUGCACAGGAUCGCUGCAAAUACAGUACUAUAAAAGUGCUGAAGUAGAUGCUGUUAAACAACUCGGGACGGGAGAUGAAGUAGUACCUGUGGAUGAAAAAGGUCCGGAUGACGGUUCUGUACCAGAUGAUGAUGACCAAGGAGCAGGUGACCUGACGGAUGUUGAGGACGCCGCAGAGUGUGAUCUGGAUGCGGGAGCAGAACCUAUUAGCCAAGAUGCUCUGGAGUGGUACUCCUAUAUCUCACGGCAUUACAGAGGCGCUAUCCCGGAUAGAAUGAGAGAAUUAGCAUGGGAGAGAGGUCCGGCCAAAUUCGGUCGGGGAAUUUGCGAAACGGCUUAGCGCUGGGAUACUCGCAUCUAAUAGCUCUGAUGAGCCUACAGUUUCUGUUCUGGGCGGUGGAACGCCAUCAGAAAGUUUUGUCCGCAUGCCUCGAAGCCGUAGCAGCAUCAGUAUUGUUGGGGGCGUACCGCGGCGUGAUCCAGGAUCUUCCGCCCGAAGUUUUGGUAUUCUGUCUGACAAUGGGGUGGAAGACGUCCGUGGCCAUGGCCAUCGUUGCAUCACUGAUAUUCGGUUUGAACGUGCUCUACAGAUUCGUGUCGAAUUGGCGCGAGCCCAAGAGCUCAUUCAGAGACUCUGGAAUGAACGUGUGGUUUUAGACUGUGUCUCAGUUUUUUAGAUGGAAGUUCAGAUAAGCGGACAUGCUGUCCGUAUUGUGUGAUGUGUUUAAUCAAUAUCACAAACCCGUGAAACAGUGUAAGAGUAUACAACCAAUACACAAAAUAGCGACCGUUCUCUGAAUACCGGAAAGCCUGCACGGAAGAAAGUGUGACCAAUAAGUGAAUCCAGUGCUUUUUACCCGAAACAAGUGAAAGAACUCUGGGUUGGUUCACAUCUAACAAUUUUAUCACGAAUCAAGUAGAUUUGGCCACCACGGAGAUGAAGAUACUGGUAGGCGCGUUUGUAACAGUCGCAGCCGUGAUUAUAGCGUAUCUCUUGCUAAGGCUUCACAGCAAGUACACAAAGAAAGGUGUACAAAACACGAUACAACGUGAAAUUCAGCUCAACAACGUUCGAAGCCAGUGAUAGACAAAAAAUUGACUCUUUAAAUGAGUACAACUGUAUAAAAUCACGAAGCAGUAGGAAUAAAUCCCACGAGAAGAUAAGAGUAGAAAAAAAUUUCUCGGAAACCCACAUGGAACAAGUUCCGCAAUAUGCGAAGCAGCCACUCAGAAGCUUGAUUGAAGAAUUUUCAGACAUAUUCUGUCUACCAGGAGAAAAACUAGACAUCAAUAACUUUUAUUCGCAGCACAUCCCACUGAAGGAUGCUGCACCAGUGUAUAUACCAAAUUACAAGUGUAUACACUCACAACAGCAGGAAAUUCAGGACCAGGUAAAGAAACUUCUAGAGGAAGAUAUUAUCGAACCUUCCGUAUCUUCUUAUAACUCUCCAAUCCUUCUAGUACCGAAAAAAUCAGACGACGCUUCAAAGAAAUGGAGACUUGUCGUCGACUUCAGACAACUUAAUAAAAAGGUGCUGGCAGAUAAAUUUCCACUGCCACGCAUCUACACUAUUUUGGAUCAGUUAGGAAGAGCCAAGUACUUUAGCACCCUCGAUCUUAUGGCCGGAUUUCAUCAGAUCCCCUUGCCACAGGAGUCUAGGAAGUACACCGCUUUUUCCACACCUAAUGGACAUUUUCAUUUCAAACGACUAUGUAACAUGAGCAUUCUGCACAUGUUGCCGAAACCGUCUAUUCACAUAUCGUGGGAAGCCUUGCUAGUUCCCAUGCCAUAAAUUAUUCUGAUUCGACACAAAAUGUGUCGCGAUCAUAUUGCAUUUAUUCAAAGGCAUAAUCGAUGUAUUGUCGUCAACCGACUUCGCUAGAAUUGCCCUCUCCGCAUUUCUCUCUUCUUUAACCAAAUUCUCUCACACUCACACCAAUCACAAUUGGUGAUCGUUCAUAUAAUAAUUAUGUAAAACUCCAAGCACCUCCAGUAGGAAAAUCUGUAGAAGUUUAAGAAAAAAUGAAUACAAGGCAGAGUGAUUUCAACCUUCAACGUAAUUGGUUCAAUUGUGCUUGCGAGAUAUCACGGUCCACUAAUUACUACUUUUACAUGGCUGACCGUUGACCCGCGCCUUCUCCGUGAUUAGUGAAUUAGUGAAGCAUGGGUAACCAAAAAUCUAGCCCUGCGAUUAAACAGAGUGGAGAUGGAGACCUGACCAUCAUUAAUAAUCAGGAGCUACAUACGGAAUUUCACAUUGGCCAUGACGAAAAGUUGUUGAUCAUCAUUAUCCUUGUCUCAAUACAGCUAGUGGUAAUGCUGUAUAAACUCAUCUCCAAACGUGAAAGAAGACGUGCAGCUAAUCGAAUUGCUAAAUCAAUGGCAAACCUUACUGAGGUUACAGUUCAGAAAGACUAAAGUGCAAAAAGGAACUAAUAAGCCCCAGCGAAUUCGAAAAACGACUUUCGCGGUGAACCUAGGUGAAGAUAUUUAAGCAAGUGCAUCGUUUUAGAUUACGCCAAGUCAAUUAUCAACGUUAAAUUCCAGUUGAUAACGUGAGAUGAACAGUGUACGAAACCAGGAUUCCAGAGAAUCAGUUAUGUUUAUAUUUUGAGUCGCUGAUGGACAAUUCAAACUAGGUGUAUAAACACAACAGUUGGGUGUCGCAAAUGUGUUACUGCAGCAUGAACAAGUGAAACCUUGGAUUCCAGAUGAUCAGUGAUGUUUAUAUUUUGAGUCGCUGCUACAUCGAGUACAGACACAACAAUUGAGUGCAGUGGAUAUGUUACUACAAUUUCGUGUGGAUCCGAUCUCAGCAGUAAAACCGAAGCAGUGUGCAGGGGGCACAAAUGGCAACUUGGAUGAUAGUUGUUUGCAGCUCAUGAACCACGGGAUGCCGUUCCAGCUGACAGUAAAGCUAAGUACCAUUAUAAAUGAAAUAGUUCAAAAAUUUAAAAAUUGUGCGUUGUGAUACCAUUCAAGUUUACAUUCAGGUAAUGGAUUUUCCUUUCUAACAAUUUGAAAAGCAAUCGUCAGUUUCUUAUAAUUUGAAUAAUAUUAUCAAUGAAUCAGUUCGAAAAGUUAAAAAAGCUUCAUUCAAACUUGAAAAAAUCCAUACAUAAUAAAAUUUCGGACAAAACCUUGCAAGCAAAACUUGACAUAAGCACUGCGUUGUACAACGAAAUAGAAGCAUUUUUAAAGGAAAAUUGUACGAUUUUGGAGGAAACAGUUUUUACUAAUAUAUGUAAAAACUCGCGUCUCUUUAAUUACGAAAUACAACAAAUUGUUAAUCAAAAAAUUGCUGAAAACAAAAUACAAAAUAAUUUAAAUUCGUCCAGUAGACACAGUUUGAAACGCGUUGCUAAGACUACGGUAUUGUGUUCGCAGUUGCUGUUAGGCACAAGAAGAAAGAAUCUACACAAAUCCCCUCAUCAUCAUUCUAAACAUAAGAAACGUUCAAAUUCUACACAGCCUUUGACCAUCGCUCCAAACACAGCAAUGGCCUUCAAUAUUGCUACUGCUGCGCAGCUAGCGCAGUUGAUUCCAGCAUUCGACGGUAAGC